CGUAGGGUGACAUUGACAUUAAUUUCAACGACCUACAACUUGGAAAAGGUCGAUCGUUUAACGUACCUAUUAGUAGGAAUAAUAAGCCGUCCCGGUCAUCUGGACGGAUUAGUUUUAGCUUAUUAACUGAAUAAAGAUGCUACGAACAAUUCUACAGACCCAGGCUCUUAGUGGAGGCCUCAGAAAAGCUGUCCGAUUGAAUGUUACGAGAUGCUUAAGUACAGAGUUGGCCAGGAGGAAACAAUCAAAUAAAUUGUUAUCACCAGCUCAAUGCAAAGCAGUCUCAAUUACACCACAAUGGAGUGUCCCUUUGAGACAGUACUCAAGUCUCCCGCCACACAACAAAGUGAACUUACCAGCCCUCUCUCCCACUAUGGAGAGUGGCUCCAUUGUCAGUUGGGAGAAAAAGGAAGGAGACAAACUCAAUGAAGGUGACCUGCUGUGUGAAAUCGAGACAGACAAGGCUACCAUGGGUUUCGAGACCCCCGAAGAGGGUUACUUGGCCAAGAUACUUAUUCCCAGUGGCACCAAGGGUGUACCCGUCGGCAAGCUUUUGUGUAUCAUUGUAGAAAAUCAGGCGGACGUAGCUGCCUUUAAAGAUUUCAAAGAUGAUUCGUCAGGAGCCUCAGAGAAACCAGCACCUAAAAAGGAAGAGGAAGCGCCGCCGAAACCCGCGCCUGCGCCACCGAAGCCGGCGUCAGCGCCGGCCCCCGCCGCGCCCAAAGCCCCCGCGGCCCCGUCAGGGGACAGGGUUUAUGCAAGCCCCAUGGCUAAGCGGCUGGCUGAGAUAAAAAAAAUAAGACUUGGAGGGCAAGGGUCUGGCUUGUACGGCUCUCUGAAGAGUGGUGAUCUGGCAGGAUUGGCCGCGGACUCGCCUUCAGCCGACCUUCCAGCUGCGCCGACGCCGAAACCGGGAGCCGCUUAUGUCGAUAUCCCGCUGUCUGGCAUGAGGGAAACCAUAGCUAAGAGACUUACUGCGGCGAAACAGUCGAUACCUCAUUACCAGUUGUCUAUGACUGUGAAUAUUGAGAAGACUUUGGCGUUGAGGAAAGCUAUUAAUGAGAAGUUGGAAGCUGAGAAGGCUGGUGUUAAGGUUUCUGUAAAUGAUUUUAUCGUGAAAGCCGUGGCAUCUGCGUGCAAGAGAGUGCCGGCCGUCAACGCGUAUUGGAUGGACUCUUUCAUAAGACAAUUCUCGAACGUAGACGUAAGUGUAGCAGUGGCGACCCCUACCGGGCUGAUCACGCCGAUAGUGUUCAACGCGGACUCCAUCGGCGUCAUACAGAUCUCCAAGAGCAUGAAGGAGCUCGCGCAGAAGGCCAAAGACGGGAAACUACAACCGCAGGAGUACCAGGGCGGCACAGUCACUCUGUCCAACUUGGGAAUGUAUGGUAUAACGAUGUUCAACGCGAUCAUAAACCCACCUCAGUCAUUAAUAUUAGCGUGCGGAGGGCUACAAGAGCUCGUCAUCGAAGACAAGAACGCAGAAAAAGGCUUCAGAAAGGCGAAAUUCAUAACGGUGACAGCGUCGGCUGACCAUAGAGUAAUAGACGGCGCGAUUGGCGCGCAAUGGAUGAAGGCGCUCAAAGACAACCUCGAAGACCCCGCGCAUAUCAUAUUGUGAACGGACACCUAAUGACGCGAUUAGCACACAAUUUGCUUACUGGAUAUGUAUAUACUUGCCACAGAAAUAAAUGAAGACGGAAGAUUUCAUAGAGCAGUGAAUUUGGCACGGUUAUUAGUGUUCUAUAACCGAAAAGAUUAUUCACUAAACAGAACAUUUAUUUAAUUGAACAAAAAUUUAAAUAUGCAUACAUAUAUUUGUACCUAGGUGUUAAGUCGCACUAAAGGAAUUCGGUACAUCUAUGAUCGUUCAUAAACUUGUUAGUAAGAAAAGGUAUACUAUCUUUACGAUAAAAACUUUUUUUUUUAGAAAAAUAUGCUUUUUUAUGCUAAAUUGAAAGUAAUAUGUUUAGUACAAAUCCGUUCAUGUUUUAAUAUUUUCUAUUGAACUUCACAUGCACUCAUUGUUCCCUUGACUUGGUCUUUACUUAGUAUAUUUAAAUUUUAAAACGUCCAUUUUUUAAACGUUUUUUCUUUAUAAAAGUUAUUAUUUCUGAACUACAUUAAACCGAAUGCGUUUAUUUCUGUGCCUGUGUUGCCAAUGCAAAGUUUUAUACGAUACCCAAUCCUUUUUGUUAGUUUUUAUUUAUUUGAUAUUCUUUUUAGAUGUUUUUUUAAUUAAAUCAUUGAUAUUCAUUUAGCAAAUUGUUACGAGAUUUAAAAGUCGCGACAGCUUGUCCUUCGGGGUCAGAUUUAUAAGAAUUUUCUCGGUUUCUUCUUAUUGAGCAUCAUAUUCCCUUUAGUUUUUAUUAUUAUAAGGGAUUGUGAAUGUACCUAUAUUUCUUUUUAUAUUACGCAUUGCUUAAGUUUUACAUCUUAGUUUAUUAAAUAAUUGUUUUUUGUACAUUUCAAGUAGUUAUUUUUUGAAGUGGGAUAUUAACGAGAAUAAAUAUCAAUUUAUUUUUUGAUCUUUGUUUCCUUUUUUAACUCUGCGCGGAGGACUAGCGGUCGCUAUGAUAUUAUAACUAAUUAUUUAUUUAGUGAAAUAAGGAAUAAUCGUACAAUGAAUAUUUGUAUAGCUGAAGCUUAUCAAACCGUCUUUUGUAAGAUUCAGAUGUAAAAAAUGUACAAAAAUAUCAUCAAUCAUAUAUUUUCAGAAUCAUGGCUUUUUUUUAGUACGAGGACAUGCUAUCUGCUAAAUGUUAAAUUAUUAGUGAACAUUAUAUUUUUUUUAUAGAAAUUGUAUUAUUAUUGCUGUCUCGUUCUCACUCUUGAACCCUAUUAGCAGGUGUCUAGUGAGUGAGAGAGACAGAAUACAAUGUUCAUUUCUGAUAGGACAUUUGGCUGAUUGUAUAGUAAAUAAAUGAGUGGAGCGAAGAUCUACGUUUGUUAUUUAUUUGCAUGUGUAAAGAAGUGCCGGUGUAGCCGUAGUGUAAAUAAACAUGGAUUAAUUGGUGCAAGUUGAAGAAUGAUGUUAAUUUUAUGUUACCGCCCUGUUAACAGCCAGAUAGAUACAUUUAUGAACGUUAGUGAAAUAAACUAAUUUUAUUUGUUAAUUUUA